CUCCAUUUGUUUACCAUUGCCCUUGGUUCUUAACCUCAAAAAUCGCCGGUUCAGCGAUACAUCGUGUCGUGUGCAUAUCAAGUCUCCAGAUUAGUAUUCAUUAGAUAAAAAUUGGACCUAGCCAUGGGUAACUCUAAAAGAAAAUCUAAAAAAUCCUGGGGAAGUCAAAAGAGACAGAAAGAAUUAUAUAUCAAGGCAGGAAUGUCAGGAUUCUUGUGCACCUGCAAUUGUAAGGAGAAACAUUGCAUCAGAGAUGCCUACAGACUGUUCGAGUCAUUCUCCAGUGAUGGUUGUGAUGAUGAUAAGGAAAUUGUGGAAACAGGAGGUACGGAUGGGGCGGUUGGCAAUGAUAUGGAGGUGAAAGAGGAUAUUUCUGAUGCCCUCGUGGAGGAGAUCGGGGCUCUCAGGAAUGAGAAACCGGUUGAUAAGAAAUUCCAGUACAUCAGCACUGGAGUGAAGAAGGUAAUUUUCAUACGUUCCACAAUACCAGACCCUCUGGCCCUAACGACAAAGAUUUUAAAGCAUGUGGACGAGACUAAGAAACCUAAAAGUCGAUUUAUACUCAGGCUCAUCCCGAUUCUCGUGAUCUGCAAGGCCAACAUUGACGACAUUAAGCACAAGGCUAAUGAUUUAUUCGAUAAGUACUUUGUGGAGGCGCCGAAGACUUUCGCUAUCGUUGUCAACCGACGCUACAACUCCAUGAAGAGGGAUGAAAUCAUUGAGGCCUUAGCUACCCUGAUAGCAAAUAAAAAUUCAGGGAACAAAGCCGACCUAAAAACUCCAGAAAUUGCCGUUGUCGUAGAAAUCAUAAAGAACCACUGUUUCCUGUCAAUUGCACCUGAGUACUUCAAGUACAGGAAAUACAAUUUGACAGAGAUUUGCGCUGUAAAAGCCGAAUCAGAUGAGAGGAAAGAUAAGAGUGAUGGGCAUGAAAAAAAUGAGAUUGUUGAGGACACAGGAGUGGCCCAGGCUGAUGAUAAUACAGGAGGGGAGGAUUCUAGAGGUCCAGACAUUGCCAAAGAUGAGGACAAGUCCUCAGAGAGGGAAUAAUCCUUGUCUUUUAUUCUCUUUUAUUUCAUUUCCAGGUAUAAACCCAGUUGGAUUUCUGGCCUUUGUUUCUGGAUAGAAGCAUUGUUUAUAUAAAAACGUAUUUAUUAUUAUCAUUCAUCAAAUUCUUUGUGAUUUUCCGUUUAGUUCUAGAUGAGCUGACGAUUUUAUUUUAUUGUUUUUUUCACUCGACGUCAUUUAACUUGAGAACUAGAACUUUACCUGAAGAAUAAGUUGAUUCUUUAUUUGUGGAUUAAAUAUUGUAUUGUUAGACUUGAAGGGAGAUGGAUAGACGUUAUCCUUGAUGAAUAAUAAUAAAAAUAUCAGAUUUGGUAAAAA